CGCGCGAGAAUCGAAGCACGCACGCGCUCUCCUGCGCGUCCGCUCCCGCGGUGGCGACGGACGGGUAGGGGAGGCGACCCCGGCGUUCUGCUCCGCACUGUGUAGGAGGUGGGGCGGUGCGGAGGUGUUGGGCCGGGGCUGAGGUAGGAAGGGGUCUGUCCCUCGACGCCUCCUGCAAGGCCAGCCCCUGAACUGUGAUGCGAACGUGGGUCCUACUCUCCGCGGUGCUCUGGUGCCUCACAGGAGUCCGAUGCCCGCGUUCUACGUUAUUCAAUACGAAGGGCUUCGUUUAUGGCAAGACAGGACAGCCAGGCAAAAUAUAUGUAAAGUUACAUCAAAAUAGCCCAGUCCUUAUCUGUAUGGAUUUUAAGCUUUCUAAAAAAGAAAUAGUGGACCCCACCUACUUAUGGAUUGGGCCUAAUGAAAAGACGUUAACAGGAAAUAAUAGAAUAAAUAUAACUAAAACUGGACAGCUGAUGGUGAAAGAUUUUUUGGAGCCUUUGUCUGGACUUUACACAUGUACUCUUUCUUAUAAGACUGUUAAAGCAGAAACCCAAGAAGAAAAGACAGUCAAAAAGAGAUAUGACUUUAUGGUCUUUGCCUAUCGGGAACCUGAUUAUUCAUAUCAGAUGGCUGUACGUUUUACCACAAAGUCUUGCAUAGGGAGAUACAAUGAUGUGUUCUUUAGAGUGCUGAAGAAAAUCUUGGAUAAUCUAAUGUCUGAUUUGUCAUGCCAUGUCAUAGAGCCAUCAUAUAAAUGCCAUUCUGUUGAAAUUCCAGAACAUGGCCUCAUACAUGAGCUAUUUAUAGCAUUUCAAGUUAAUCCUUUUGCACCAGGGUGGAAAGGUGCUUGCAAUGGAUCUGUUGACUGUGAAGAUAUCACUAAUCGUAAUAUCCUCCAGGCAAGAGAUCGAAUAGAAGAAUUUUUUUGGAGCCAAGCAUAUAUUUUCUACCAUAACUUUAAUAAAACUCUACCAGCAAUGCAUUUUGUGGACCACAGUUUGCAAGUAGUACGUCUGGAUAGCUGUCGACCAGGCUUUGGAAAAGAUGAAAGUCUACACAGUAAUUGCGCUAGCUGUUGUGUGGUUUGUAGUCCUGCGACUUUUAGUCCUGAUGUUGAUGUAACUUGUCAGACCUGCGUUUCUGUCCUUAUCUACGGAGCUAAAUCUUGCCCAUAAACUUCAAACAAAAAUCAGCCACAUGAAGAUUAGAGGUGGAAGCAUUGUUACUUACUUGUGGAAGUGAGGGACACAAGAUGAUUUUCACAUCCCAGAGCAUCACAGAUAAUUCCAUCAAGUAAAAUCGCUAAGACCAAACCACUGGAAAACAUGCAUUUGAGAAACUUUAAAAUAAAUGGUUAACAUGGCAUUUCUAAGAAGGCAUUUAAUCCAAUAUCUCCAGUGUACAAAGGAAACUUGAAGUAUUAAUGGAUGAUUUUUAAUGAAAUGUUUUAUUGUUUACAAACAGUAUGUUGCUUUGUACCUAGGAGUAUAGUAAGGUCAAGAAGGGUAUCAAAGUAUAAUAAAAUAAAAUUUUAUACUCUCCAUAUA